AUGAUUAUCAAUAUACUAUUCUUAUUAACAGGAGUUCUCUCGAAGAAAUUAUAUGGAUUUUAUGAUUUGUCAACAACAAAUGACGUUUAUUAUUUAGCUCAUAUGAGACAAUGUUAUUCAAUGAAUCCAAUAGAAUCACCAGAACAAACCUUUUAUUUAUACGUGAAAGAAAAUGGAAAUAAACUUGAUUCAACAAUUUAUAAAAAUAGUGAUUGUAGUGAAGCAACAAACAAAUACACAUUAACUCGUGAUUUUAGAAGAUUUGAAGAGUAUCCAGAACAAGUUGGUGGUAUUCAAUUAUGUGGAAAAAAUCCAGAAACAAUUCCAGUAUAUUUUAGAAGAGAAAAUGUUUGUAUUUUUGCUGGGGAAAAUGUAUGGUUUUCAGUAAAGAAAUUAACAAAUGGAAUUGGGAUAUCUUUGUCUUAUGAUAGUUGUGAAAAUUUUGUAAGUACAACAACAUUUGAAUGUGAUAAAUGUUCAAAAUGGGAUUAUGAUGGACAAGAUUAUCAAGCAAAAUGUGAAAAUUUUUCUAUAAAAGUUCUUAUAUUACCAGUUAUGAUAUGGCUGUUUAUCUUAUUUUAA